UGCCAUUAGGGUUUUAUGUUUGUCCCGUACAGACUUCCCUAAGUGUUUCAGACAACUUGGGAUUGUUAGAGAAAGGCAGAGAUCCUUCAGUCCCACAUCUGGAGGGUUGGCUGCAUGACCUCCAGAAUCAAGUGGACAUGUCACCCCGCCUCCACCUGAUCCUGGAACCCGCAUGAAAUGACGUGUCCAGGGAUUGUUUUAGGCUUGCUCGCUUCUUGCCUUCCAGCCCCAGCUGUGUGGGCAUGAGGUGAGGCAGAAGGCUUGGGACAGCACAGGUGGCAGCUGGGCUUUCUUUUAGGGGUGCCGUCUAUCAGUUCCACACGGAGCAGGAAAGGAAGAAGCUGAGCUUUGGUGACCGAACCCCUUUACUCGCCAGUUAGGGCGGGCAGUGGCCUCAGGGAGCCCUGAGGGGUCUGAGAGUGAUAACCCCAGCUUGCUUUUCUCCCACUCUCCUACCCUGCCUUCCCCUGCAGAUAUCUGGUGAGCAUUCCCCAAGCCGGCCCAGGGCAUGCCCCAGUUCACUUUCGCCUGUUUUUGUGGUCUUCACGGCUUCUGCAAGAUGAAGAGGAAGAAGGAGGAAGGCCGCAGAGAGCGGGAAACGGCGGUGUGAGCGGAAACAGGGUCCCCUCCCCCUUUGUCAGCUUCCAGUGGAUCCAAGUCUGAGGCUGUUCACUGCUGUGGGGCUCGGCUGCCUGUCUUCCAGUCUUCAUUUAACUGGUACCUGACUAACCUGAGGACAUCAGCCUCUUAAGCUUUCUUAUGGCCACUCAUAUUAGCCUCCAGUCUCUUGUGUUCCCGGAGAGAGGGCCUCAACUACCCCAGGACCUGCCACUUGCCUUCUGGAGACUGGGCAGCCUCUCUGGGACCAAGGAAUGAGGUGCCCCCUCCCCCCAAGGCUGUUCUCAGGGCAACCCCUCCCAUGAAGCUUAUGUGGCCUGGGGAGAGGAAAACAGUUGCUAAAUAGCAAAGUAGCUGUCCUUGCAAACCUUGGAGGGUUUGAUGUAUGGGGCAGCACUUUCAAGCACAUGAUGUUGGGGCCCCAGGGUCUCAGCCCCUUCCUUCCUUGCAUCCUCUUGGGCCAAGUGGGCCAGGAAUGAGAUGGAGGAUAGAGUUAGACAUUUGAGAGGUUGCGCCGUGGAUGGUUCUUCUGUGUGUCACAGGUCAGUCUUCCCUCCGCUCUGGCCCUGACCUAUGGUUCCAGGAAGCCCUCACGUCUUUGACACCGCACACAGAUGUGGUGAGGCCUUUCUCCAGGCACUAAGCCCCUCAGGGACUGUUCCCCAGAACUAG